AUGGAGAAGACUGUUAAGUGGAAGAAGGGCAAGGGCCCAAAGAAGGUCUAUGCCAGGACCUGGCUAGCAUCAAUCGCCGCGAGUGUCGUGCGAGCCUCUUCGGCAGCGGAUUCAUGGCCUCGUGCCUCGGAGCUCUCUCGUCUGCCGUUGAUUGAAGCGUGUUGCCUGAUUAAUGCUCGAGAAGGCUGGCGUGUAUCCACUGUCACCUUCAGACUCGUUGUAACGGAGCGCCAAAAGAGAGCUCUGCGCGAGCGAGACCUCAACCUCAACGCGCUUAGCGCUGUCAAUCUUCUAUCGUCCGCUUUACCUGCACCGACUCCGCAAAAACGGACACGAGGCGAGUGGGUUGAUGAAAACUGUUCUGGUGGCGAGCUUUUAAGCUACGACAUGAUGCUGGCGGCUGCAAAGGUGAAAGCCACUGUAAAAGCACAGAAGGAAGCUAAUAAGAAGUCUGCCUUGGUCGGGAAGCUUGCCAAACAGGAUAUGAAUCUACACGAUAAAUAA